CACGUUCCCCACUCUCAAUUAGUAGCUUCAUUCAUUCAUCACCCACCCCCUCCCCUCACUCAUCAUCUCCAGCACACACACACAUCCAAGAAAGAAGAAGAGGAGGAUCCAUGGAGAAGUGCAGGUCGGUGCCGCACGAGCACUCGUCGGUGUACUACGGGUGCGGCGGCGGGUACGACUACGAGGACGUCGGCGGCGGUCCCGGGCAGGCGGGCAAGUCGUACAGCUUCAACGGGCCGAGCGGCCGCGACGACCCGGAGGCGAAGCGGCGGCGCCGGGUGGCGGCGUACAACGUGUUCGCCACGCAGGGCCGGAUCAAGACCACCGUCCGCAGCAGCGUCAAGUGGCUCAAGUCCAAGUUCUCCGACAUCCGCUACGGUGGCCUCUGAACAUGAACACUCAACCUGCUACCUGCAUGCAAUCCAUCCUACUCCUACUCCACCACAUAUAUAUGCAUGAUAUAUAUACAUGCAUGAGUAUAUCAUGAUGCUCAUAUGAAAUUACAUAUGCACGCAUAAGUAUAUGUGUGCUAGCAAGGCCAACGGCCAAGCUAAAUAGCUGCUGCAUAUAUAUAUGGAGGCAAUACUGUGUACAUGCUAUGUUUAGAUGCAUGUGUGCGUGUAUGAACUGUGUGUGCGUGUGCAUGGUUGGUCUCAAGUCACUGUGUGCUUGCUUUCCAGAUCGGCCCGUGUGUUUUCAGUUUGCUUUUACUCUGUCAGGAAAGAAACGGUGGUUGGUUGUACUCUGCUUGAAUCUGCAAAUCAAGUUGUAUCAUCAGUCCUCCCUCUAAAAAGAAAGUUGUAUCAUCAGUCAUCAUGCCCUUGCUUUGAUC